UUCGGUUGCCUACGCAAUCGCUCGAUGCUGACAAACUACGAAUUGCUUGAAAUUACAACUUAGGUGUGUCAACCAAACCUGUUGCCUUAAUGUCUAAGGAGGAUGAGGCCGCUUUGGAGCAACUACGAAGGUACACCGUCCGUAUUGGAAAUCGUUUCGAGACUAGUCUAUGGUGGAAGCAUCCGGACAUUGAGAUCCCCGAUAGUCUGUCAAUGGCUUUAUUUCGGGCGAAAUGUCUAAGGAAAAAGAUGCAACGAGACCAUGACCUGGCUGAAAUCCUGCAUUAUGUGCAAAAGGGGUACAUUAGAUGUUUGAGACCUCUUGAUUCUGCCGUAAAAAAGUAUUGGUAUUUGCCAUAUAGGGUAUCAGUCGCCCUAAAUGAGGAUCCGCUUGAUGAGCUAUCUCUUGAUCUUGAACGUGAGCUGCCUACUGAGAAGGUAUUAGGCAUGUAGUGGAUUAUGUCUACUGACCAUUUCGCAUUUCUUGUGUCCGCUAAGUAUAGAGAUCUGACAUAUUUCUCCGUUACGGCGGCCUACUAAGCGCGAGGUUUUGAGUUUGGUUAUGACGAUCCUCUUGAACUCAUUAGUUCAGUAUGGAGAGCUGGAUGCGACUGGGAUGUUCCAAUCCUAGAUGACCAAGUUACGAAGUGGCUAAGAUGGCUCAAACUAAUUCCGAAAAUAGAAAGCUUAUGUGUAUGAUGUGGUUAACUUUACAAUGAUCGCAAGCAAAACACGGGUAGCCCACCUGAAGCUAAUAUCUAUACCACGUUUAGAACUAAAAGCAGCACUUCUACGCGCUCGACUCGCCAAACAUAUAAUAGAUAAACAACAUGCUGGUGAUGGCCCAACUAAGUUUUUUUUUUCGUUAAGCGGAACGUUAUCUGUGGAA